UCCCCCUGAGCAUGUCCUCUCUGUGUCUCCAUCAUGGCCGAAUCCUGGAGCCUCAGUGACUCUGAGCUGUGAGGGUUUGGAGCUUCAAUCAGCAGGAUGGAGGUUCUUCUGGUAUAAAGCUGUUCCUGAUCCAUCCAGCAGAUACUACAGCGCUGAGCUGCUGCCUGGCAGCACCAAUGGGACUGAGCAGAACUCCUUCAUCAUUAAUGGACCGACUCACACAGCAGGAUUUGUGUGCAGAGCAGGAAGAGGAGAACCAAAGUUUUACACUGAUUACAGUGAACCAAAGUUUGUCUGGUCUGCAGACUCUCAUCCAGCAGCUUCUCUCUCAGUGAGUCCUGACAGAGUUCAACAUUUAAUUUAUCAGCCUGUCACAAUGAAAUGUGGUGGGAACGACACCAAGUGGAGAAUGAUGAUGUUUACAGAUUCAACCAGUCAAACAUACGUUCAGUGCUACAACUGGGAGAUGAUGGAUGGAUCCUCAUGUACCAUUCACACACUAGUGAUUCACAGUGGAGUUUACUGGUGUGAGUCUGGAUCUGGAGAAUUCAGCAACGCAGUCAACAUCACUGUACAGGAUGAUUAUGAUGAUGUUAUCCUGGUGAGCCCUGUUCAUCCUGUGACUGAAGGAGAUCCUGUUACUCUGAACUGCAGAGAUAAAGAACAAAAUCUUCUCUCCAAUGUGUUUUUCUAUCACAAUGAUAAACUCAUCAAUAAUGACAGCAGAGAGGAGCUGAAUAUCUCUGCAGUAUCAAAGUCAGAUGAAGGUUUCUACAAAUGUCAACAUUCAGGAAAAGAGUCACCAAGGAGCUGGAUGUCUGUUAGAGUAACUGUAUCCAGUCCUGUCAGCUCUUCGUUUCCUGUGAUGUUGAUCGUUAGACCAGUGGUUGGAUUCAUUCUUGGUUUUCUCCUGCUGUUGAUGUUGUGCUGCAAACAGUCCAAGGGUUUAUGGUGCUUCAGGUCAGAGGUCAGCAGUCAGAGCUCGACCACAAAUCAAGGACCCAACCAGACAGAGAGCCAAGUUUACAGCUCUCUGCUACACGGUGAUGCUUCUGAAUACGAGUCAAUCCAACCAGCCACUAUGAACAGGAGUUCUGAUGACCCAGAGGACGAUUCUGUGCACAGCUGCAUAAAAACAGAAACUACAGAAACCACUGAAAGCUAAAGCAAAACGUAAAAACGGAGAGAAAAACAACAUAAAGGAAAGUGGAGCCGUGCAGCAACCGAUGGAGAAGUUUAUUCUGAAAUGAGAUCAAGAAUGCCUCUGGAUAAAAACGUUAUCACAAUGUAAAAAUGUCAGGAUUGGGUUUUUUCUGUGUUGAUUUGAGUUUUUCUGUGUGUUGGUUUUGGGUUUCUGUGUCUUGAGUCUCCGUGUUGUCCUGUCGACCCCUUGGUUGUUCCCAGGUGUGUCUCGUUCCCUGAUUACCCUCUGUGUGUUUAAUCCCACCUGUGUUCCUUGUUCCUCGUCGGGUCCUUGUCUAAUCGGUCUAGUUGUCGAGUCAAGUUUGACGUUUUGUCUCCCGUCUGUUAUUCAUUAGUUCCAGUUGUCAGCAUUAUUCUUCUGCUCAUCUGUGCUGCCUGGAUUAUUGUGUUUUUGGAUCAUUAAAUCAUUUUUCUCACCCAACAAUCUGGGUUCAUCACAUAUUCUCACCACCUUACACUGCCACACAUGACAAAAGAAAAAAAUUUCCUAUUUUUAUGCAUCUGUGAAGAAUUUUUACUAACAAACAUUUAAUGAAACUGGAAAACAAAAGCUAGAUAUGCGCGAAAGUUGAAACGGAUCAAUUUAAAGUUUUGUGUGGAUUCAAAGCAUGCUGUAUUAUAUGCAAAUGUCCUUUAAACUCUUUCACUUUUCACGUGCAACGAUGUUAUUGCUGCAUUUAAAAGGACAUUUAAGUUUGAUAUUUUCACCGUGUCUGUUGAGUUUAGCAAGGAAGCAUCUCUUAACAAUGACUUUCAUUUCUACAUUUUUGAUACAGAUGUUUUAAGCU